ACACAGAUGGCUAUUUCACCUGUAGCCCGUGUGACUCUGGAUAUGAAUUAAGCGAUGAUGGCACUGCUUGCAAUGAUAUUGACGAAUGCGUGGUGGAUACAACGCUCUGUGCAAAUGGAAUGUGUUCAAACACAGUAGGCUAUUACACCUGUAGCCCGUGUGACUUUGGAUAUGAAUUAAACGAUGAUGGCACUGCUUGCAAUGAUAUUGACGAAUGCGUGGUGGAUACAACGCUCUGUGCAAAUGGAAUGUGUUCAAACACAGUAGGCUAUUACACCUGUAGCCCGUGUGACUUUGGAUAUGAAUUAAACGAUGAUGGCACUGCUUGCAAUGAUAUUGACGAAUGCGUGGUGGAUACAACGCUCUGUGCAAAUGGAAUGUGUUCAAACACAGUAGGCUAUUACACCUGUAGCCCGUGUGACUUUGGAUAUGAAUUAAACGAUGAUGGCACUGCUUGCAAUGAUAUUGACGAAUGCGUGGUGGAUACAACGCUCUGUGCAAAUGGAAUGUGUUCAAACACAGUAGGCUAUUACACCUGUAGCCCGUGUGACUUUGGAUAUGAAUUAAACGAUGAUGGCACUGCUUGCAAUGAUAUUGACGAAUGCGUGGUGGAUACAACGCUCUGUGCAAAUGGAAUGUGUUCAAACACAGAAGGC